UCCUACAACAGCUUGGAACAGAUAACAGUUCUAGCAGUUACUGCGCAGCUAGAAGAAAAAGGUUGAUUGUGAAAUUCUGUACUGUACAACGCACUGCUCAUUACAAAACAAUAACAAUGGCAGCGUUGCAGAAAAGUUUUGCCUCUUUACUUGUACUUCGCCGUACCCAGAGUGUACCGCUGGCUCUGUAUCACGCUAAUGUUUUGGAUCACUACGAGAAUCCCCGCAAUGUCGGUUCGAUGGACAAGAAGGAUAAAACCGUCGGAACGGGAUUGGUCGGCGCUCCGGCUUGCGGUGACGUCAUGAAGCUGCAAAUCAAGGUCGAUGAGGAUGGCAAAAUCAUCGAUGCCAAGUUCAAAACGUUUGGAUGUGGUUCGGCCAUCGCUUCGAGCUCGCUGGCCACCGAAUGGGUAAAAGGUAAAACUUUGGAUGAAGCCAAGAAACUCAAGAACACGGACAUUGCUAAGGAACUGUCGCUACCGCCGGUAAAACUUCAUUGCUCGAUGUUGGCUGAGGAUGCCAUCAAGGCAGCACUCGAGGAUUACAAGAAGAAACAGGACAAACAAUAAGUUUACAUACUUGUGCGGCUAGCUUUAGAUUCUUGUAAGUUGUUGGUUAUAUAAGGCAAUGUAAAUUGAAGAGGGUUUAUAGAAUAAAGACACUUGAAGAAAUCAAU